AUGAGGCUGUUCGCAGUGAUUUUUUGGAUAGGCUGGGCCUUUGGCCAAGCGAAUUCCAAGAACCCAAGUGCCGAGACCGGCAGACUGAUAGCCUCUCUUCAAGCAGCUCCAGCUCCGGCGCCAGCACAAAGUGUGAUCUACAAACUGCCACCACAGCACUAUUACCCACCACCACCGCCACCACCUCAACCACAGCACUGUAAUUGCCCGCCAGGGCCACCGGGUCCUCCAGGACCACCGGGCUUACCAGGAACCCCUGGUCCUCAAGGUCCCAAGGGACACACUGGCUCCAAGGGCGAGCGAGGGGAGAAGGGAGAGCGAGGUCACUACGGAUUACCAGGCCAACCAGGUCAACCAGGACAACCUGGACCCAUUGGCCCGCCGGGGCUACCCGGCCCACCCAGUCACAAAUCGGGACAUGGUCAUCAUGAUCAUCAUGAUCACCAUCAUCAUCAUCCAGCGCCAGCACCGCCACCACCGCCGCCACCUCCACCACCGCCACCGCCACCACAUCCACACCCGCACCCACAUCAUCUGCAGCCACCGAUCGUGACUCCUCCAAUUAUAGUUCCCAUACCAUUGCCACCACAGAAAGGUGACCAUGGCCACCAUCAUCACCACAAGGGAUCCAAGGGUCCUCCCGGACCUCCUGGUCCACCAGGAACGGGACCACCGGGUCCUCCAGGACCUCCAGGCUCUGCGUAUCCCCCUCCCCCACCACCACCACCACCACCACCACCACCACCACCUCCACCACCAUCGUACCCAUACCCAUCGUAUCCGUAUCCACCACCUGGACCAUAUCCAGGACCAUGGAUUCCUCUCCCAGUGCCAGUGCCCUGGCCCUCAAAGGGACAUAAAGGAGACAAAGGUCACAAAGGAGGUCACAAGGGAGACAAGGGCGGACACCACCAUCACUAUUAUCCUCCAGGACACGAUAAGGGAGGCCACUACCCGUAUCCACCCCACGGCGGCCAUGGAGACCAUCAUCAUCCAGGCCAUAAUUAUCCAGGCCCCUAUCCGCCACCUUAUCCACAUGAUGGCGGAGACAAGGGACAUCACCAUCAUCCUCCUUCCCACAAUCACCAUAAUCCACCCCACAAUCACGGAGGACACCACCACCAUCAUCCAUCUCACGGCAACGGAGAGCAUAACCAUAAUCCACCCCCAUACAAUAACGGAGGACAUAGCCACCAUCAUCCCCCACACGACCACGGUGGGCAGGGCCCACACAAUACACACCCCCACUCUGGUACUCACGGAAGUGGAGGACACAGCCAGCCUCCACACCACCAGCACCACCAUCAUCAUCAACAUCAACCAAAGCCCACUGAGCCAGAGGGUAGCGGCGAACAAAGUCCACGGGAUGAUGUGGACUUGCUGGAUGAAAAUGUGGAGAUCGUCGAGAACAUAAUUGAUGAAAAUGAAAAUGGUUCCAUAGAGGGCGAAGAGGUAAUGUCCAGUGAGCCCAUUGACUUGGAGCCGGAACCUGAGGAUUCGGGCUACGGCAUUGAAUAUGCAGAAAACACAGUGGAGAGUACCGAACCUCCGAGUGGCGCUGAAGAAAUCGAUGAUGAGGAUCCAAACUAUGUGGUAACAGAAGGGGAAGAUGCGAUAGAAGAGGACCAUUUAAUGGAGGACGAGAUGGACAUUGUGAGUUUGCUGGAGGAUAACGGAGCUAUGGAUGGAGAUGCAAUUGAGGAGCGAACCAAAAAAGGUCCAAUUAUCCUGUCAAUUGGAACUCCUCGAAAUCCUUUUCACAUUUACGCCUAUGAACAGUAUGAUAGUCUAGCCCAUCUGUUCUUGAAAGCCUAUAUAAGACUAGAGUUUAGUCGGGCAGGUGUUCAUUCACGAAAGCAGAGUCUUAAAAUGAGGCUGCUCGCGGUUCUGCUGUUCACAGCUAUGUCAGCAUUCUGCGAGGGAUCAUGGCUUCUUUCCCCAGUUCAGCCGGUCAAAGCAGAAUCGCGUCCAAAGACCAAGAAACCACAUAAUAAAUACAACAACCUGUACUAUUACAGCCCUGAAACGAUAGCUUCUUCCUUUUACCACGGAUCUCAAGCCGAUUGCCAAUGUCGUCCUGGACCGCCAGGACCUCCUGGGCCACCAGGAAUUCCUGGUCUGCCAGGUGAGGAAGGAGCGCCAGGGGAAAAGGGGGAUCGUGGUGACCGUGGAGAAAGUGGAAAAAGAGGAAGGCCGGGUUAUUCUGGAUUUCCGGGGCCCAUUGGGCCACCUGGACAACCUGGGCCAAAGGGACGCCCUGGAAAAUCUCCAUCGCAUCAACAGAAACAAGGCCCAACCAUUAUUUACUUGCCAGCAAUUCCAGCAGACAAACCGCCAAAAACUGAAAACACAAAGGGCAGCAAUGAAAACCCACCAUCAGAACCCGAUAAUAGAAACGUCAUUAAAAAGACAAACAAGCCCCAGGCACCGCAGGCUUUGAGGGCAAAUUCCACUGAAAUGAAAUAUCUUAAAGUUAGUCCGCAUCUGACCCAAAACCACAAAAACCGAAGUCGCAAGAGACCAACUACUUUCGCCCAUUCCAAUCGCAGGAAAAUCAACCAGAGCAACAAGAUAACACCAUCGACUAAGAACAGAAAAACAGUGACCAAUUACCAAAAACAUAAAACAAACGCUAUACAACGCCGAAAGCAAACUCCUAAGCGAAAGGUAAUUAAAAAAACAACUUCUAAUUUAAGCAGUUCAGAUCGACAGCCAGCUACCAAAACCGAGGAAACCAAUCUUGACGAGAAAACCAUGUUAACCAAUGCAAAUAUCAGCAUGAAUUUGAACAUUAGCCAUAUCGGAUCCCAAAAAACGAAAAACGUAAUCACAAAUGGUGUUAAAAGUGUUCAAAUUGAUGACAAUAUAGCUAUAAUCACAGAUCCAAUACCAGCAGAUGUACUUGCAUUAAGUUCUUUAGAUAAAGACCAAUCGUCAAUAAAAGCGGAGAUAGAUCAAACAAAUUCGCAGAUAUCUAAUACAACAUUGCAAGAUAACUUUCUUGAAGACAUAAUUCAGCCUAAUUGUAUUAAAAAAACAGAGGAAAAGCUAGAUCUGAACAAAUUAACAACGAUUACCGAAGAGACACCAGAAGCGAUUAAUACAUCAACAGUUCAAAUUGAGACCGUGAAGAGUGAAAACACAGGUGAAGCACAAACUACAGAAAUUCCUAUUGAGCAAUUAGGAUCAGUCUCCGCUGGACUUUCGGUAGAAGCGACCACAUAUAACAUAUCUAAAGAUGAAAAGUUCAGGUUUUACUACAUUGGAGCCAACAUGGAGCACCGAAAGCACAGAAACAACAGUGCAACCUGA